AUGAAGCAAACCUCGUAUUUGUUGAUGAUUAUGGCCGCCGUAGAAGCUGGGAAGAUUCUUGUAUACAGCCCCUCUGUCAGCUAUAGCCAUCUGAUUAUGAAUGGGAGAAUAGCCGACACGCUAGUCAAAGCAGGACAUGAUGUGGUGAUGUUUAUUCCUGAAUACGUCAAAGCAACAUCGAAAUUUGAUGAGACGCUGGCCAAAAUUGUGAGGAUGAACAACAUCAAACUGAUGGCACGACGACAAGAGUUGGAAUAUCUCAAAGAUUACGGGUUUGAUGCAGCUUUCACAGAACAGAUUGACUUUUGCGGCGUUGGAGUCAUAAGGUAUCUUGGUAUUCAAAAUCUGCUAUGGAUCUCAUCAACACCGCUGAUGGAAACUGUAAGCUACAACUUAGGUGUACCUUCGCCCACAUCUUAUGUUCCAGUGGUGGAAGAAAGCGAUAAUGGAGAUACGAUGAGCUUUUGGAGAAGAGCGUUGAAUAUGUAUAUGUAUAUAGGAACAAUCUAUAUUCAUCGACGUGGAACCGACCUCACCACAGAGGUAUUUCGCAAAAUCGACCCUGAUUUUCCUCACGUUCGCGAAAUUGCUGCUAAUGCUAGCCUCUGCUUCGUGAACGCUGAUGAGAUGUUCGAUCUUCCACGGCCAAUCAUCCAUAAGCUAAUUUACAUAGGUGGAUUGCAUAUAAGUAACCCUAAACCGCUGGACGAGAAGUUCAACACUGUAAUGAAUAAAGGGAAGAAAGGAGUGGUAAUCGUUUCACUGGGCACCGUUGUCCCCUUCCACGUUCUUCCCGAGGGAGUGAAAUUAGGAUUUGCAAAUGUGGUUAGAUCAAUGCCUGAUUACCACUUCAUACUGAAAGUUAGCAAAGGUGAUACCAGUACAUCAUCUUUCUUCGAAAACGGAUCCAAUUGUGACUUUAUUGAGUGGUUACCUCAAAGCGACAUUUUAGCCCACCCCAGAUUGAAGCUUUUUGUUACACACGGCGGCAUCAACGGGCUGACAGAGGCUCUACUCAGAGGAGUCCCACUUGUGGUCAUUCCGAUGUUUGGGGACCAAUUUCGCAACGGGCGGAACGUUGAAAAGCGCGGAGUGGGAAAGGUACUUCCAAAAUGGGCACUAUCGGAGGAUGCGAUAAGAGCUGCUAUACAGGAAGUACUGAAUAAUGAUAGCUACAAACAGAAUGCUCUUCGCAUGUCAAAGCUGAUGCAAACUAAACCAUUUUCUGCGGAAGAACGUCUCGUUCAGUGGACCAAUUUUGCUCUGAAAAAUGGUGCAUUAGAUGUUUUACACGUAGAAGGCUCUCGGAUGAAUUCUAUAGCAUAUUUUAAUAUUGAUGUGAUAGCUUUCAUUUUGUUGAUCAUGUGCUUAAUUUCUACUGCUGUUGCUAAGUUGUUAUUAGCCAUUAGACGAAGAUAUCUCAUUGAGAAAGUGAAAAAGAAUUAG